AGAAAUGUAACAAGACAUACCCGGUGUAAUUUAAGUUUGUGACUGAAAAUAAUACUUUUUCACGUCUUCAAGUACAACGGGAAGACUGAUAAUAAAGAAAUGAAAGUGAAAGCUGGUUUUCAGUCUGUCAAUGAACACAUAGCCAGAGAGCGUUACGGACGAAAGAGUUUCUUUUCAUUUGUUUUUUAUUUGCAAGAAUUGUGAGCAUAUACUACUUAAAAAAAGAAUGUCAUCCAUCAAUUUUUUUGGCUGGGAGGUGCACUAUGACGAGGACCGUCACCUUCAGGCUGAACAAGAAGCCAAAUCAGGCAGCCGUUAUACCAUGUACCACGGCACCAAAGUCCAAACGGCGCAAAUGAUCAUACAAAACGGCUUCAGCCAAUCUCCAGAUGGAAUGCUUGGACCUGGUGUUUAUGUAAGCCGUGAUCAGAGGAAAGCAGAACGAUAUCCCCUGAACAGCCCAUUAAAUGACAAAGUAGUGCUUAAAUUAAGUGUGGACCUUGGAAAAGUAAAAAGAAUCGAUAAGGACAACCAUCCACUACAGAAGACCUGGCAUAAUGCUGGUUAUGACACUGCUUGGGUCCCCCCCAAAUGUGGCAUGAGAGCUGUGCCAAGUGGUCUAGAAGAGGACUGUGUUUGGGAUCCAAAGCGAAUUGAUGUUGUAGAUAUUGCUCUUGCACCCAACACAACCAUCUUGAAUAGCCUCAAGCAGCUCAUUGCUACAAACCAAAGAAGCCUCUCGAAUCCUGGCAACUCAGGCACUUGUCAAUAUUGCAAGUGGAAACCGGGACCUGGACAUAUGGUACAGUCCUGCUGGGGGUGUCCAGAGACUAUCUGCACUCUGAUGACCAAGCACAAUUGCAAUCAAAAGUUCUGAGAAACUAAAAAGGAAACAAUCUUGAUUUGAAUGACACAUUAUCCAGGAAGCUGUGUUGGAUUGUGACUGCGGAUUUAUGAUGCGUGUAAAUUUAUAACUUUACUUUUGAAAUGCAUUCAAAUUGAAAAAGCAAAAUCUCUCAGAAAUGUGGAAACUUGCACAGAACAAUAUUUCUAGCUUUUUUCAAUAUGUUAUCUUACUGUAAAUUUCUUGCACCGUUGUUACAAUGUGAAUUAAUCAAAAGUGUAAAUCAAAUGUAAACAAUAAGCCACAUAAAUGAUAAUCAUGUUUCUGAA